UGGUGAAGGAAGACGGCGGCCAUAGCCGCGGAGCAUUGACACAGAGUACCGAAGGAGAGAGAAAGGGAGGACAGCGAAGGAGGAGGAGGAGAAGACGGCCGCCAUUUUGCAGGAGAAGAAGGAGAAGAAGGAGGCCAAGAAGAAGGCCUUGAAGGAGGAGCAGGCGGCCAAAUUGAAGAAGAUAGAAGAAGAGAUGGCCAGAGAAAAGGAGAGAAUAAAGAAGGAAGAGGAAGAGAAGUUGAAAGAGGUAGAAGAGGAGGAGGARGAUGAAACACCAUUGCAGAGGAAGAGGGUGCAGUACAGUGGUAGUAGGGAUGAAGAGAUGGAGAAGCGAAUCUCCGAGUGGGUAGCCAACUUGUCCCUGGGCGAAGAAGAAGAGGUGGCGAUGUACAUCUCCAAGGAUGACCAAGAAGCCGCUAUGAGGGCCUGGGAAGCAGAAAAGGAUGUUGUGAAGCAGCAGGCAUUGGAAGACGAAAAGAGGAUGGAGUGGAAGUUGGCAGUGAUGAGGGAGAAGAAGAGGAGAGUGGACGCGGCAGCGGAGGCGGCAGAAGAAUUAGAGGAAGUAAAGAAUAUAGAAGAGCAACUGGCCGCCCAGACCGAACUCCCAGCUCAAAUGCGAGUCAUAGCCCGAAAUGUUGCACGCCUGGCACGAAUUCAGGCGGAGCAAUAUGAUUUUAGUAGGAGUCAACACAUAGYUGUGCGUUCCAUAAAGUUGGGGUUUCGGGACKUUGCGYGUGAGCUGGUAGGCGCUAUAGGGACCGAGGUGGGYCACCGCCUCGACAAGACUGAGCGGUUCUGUGCUGGCGCCAUUGAGGGCGUYAAAGCGGCARCUCCCAAGGAGGAGGARGCACGUCCUCCUCGUCGGGAWCCGGUCAAAGUYAAAUUCCCUGAUUCCUACAGUGGAAMAAGGGAAGAGAACUUCGACAAUUGGGAGGCCAAUGUCAAGACCUAUGUGCAUCUGCAACAKGUCUCCCCGGAUCAGCAGGUUCUGAUUGCGAUUCACGCGCUCAGAGAUGAAGCCGCCAGCUUUGCAAGGUCCCUAGUUUGCGCUGCCAAUUGCAGCGAUGAUCCCGUUGCGUACUCCUCGUUCACUUCCCUCACUGAGUUCUUGAAGCUGUUGCGCGAGAGGUUCGCUGAUGUCGCCCGUAGCGUUAAAGCCUCAGACAGGCUGCAGACGAUCCACGCUCGUAAGCGGAAGAGCGCCAGGGCACUUAAGAGUACAAUGGACGAACUGGUAGUUGUCCCUGACCACAGGGUUACAGACACCCAGUUGGUUGGCCUCUUUUAUCGGGCUAUACCCGAAGCCCUUCAAGGGCAUUUCUUCGCAAAGAGCGAAGACCCUGCCACUACAUACGAUUCCCUUAGUCGCGAAGUAGUGGCUUUUGAAGCCAAGUCUGCGUCUGUGUCCACUUUCUGGCACAAGGACUUGGACAAGGGUAAGCAAUGGAAGGGCCGCACUAUCUCUGGGCAAGUAAAGACUAAGGAUAACCUUGUUCUAACUCUAGACGAGGGUAGUGUGGAUGAGAUCCCCUACGACCAGAUUGAGUGGGGGUUAGAGGAGGAUGACAGCGGUGUGGGCCAGGGAAGGACUUACGCUGCUGUCGCGGCGGGGGGGAGGCCGCAAGGAGGACGAGGCCAGGGCCAAGGGGGCCGGGCCUCAGGGAGCCGGUUUCAGGGCGAUCAGGGGGKUGGCGGUAGAGGAGGAAACCGCCAAGCGGGAGGCAGGGGUCAAGGUCCCCCGCAAAACCGUCCUAGGAAUAGGUCUCCCUAUAGAGUAGGAGGAUGGCACCCGAGGCUACCGCAGGACAACCGUAUGAUGGUUGUGGAGGAGUAUGUAGAGGGAGUCCAGGCGUAUUUUCGCCUAGAGAAGGAUGGGAAAGUGGAAAGGGUCCUCCACUCCCUGACUCUCCUCGUAGAAGACAGCCUCCCAUUUGAUAUUGUCCUGGGAAUGGAUUGGGGAGAGGCAGCCGGGGCCACGCUCCAUUUGAAGGAGCACGAGUGUAGGCUUCCUAGUUCUUCAGGCGAGGCUAAGACUGCCCGCCUGUUCCAUGUGUCAGGAGUAGAGAAUCCCUUGGCACAUUGCUGUCUUAGUGCUCUUGCGUUCGCCAGGAAGUUCGUGAGGAACUUCUCCACCAUCGCUGCGCCCCUUCGCAGAUUGCUGAGAAAGGAGACAAUCUGGAAGUGGGACAAGGACUGCACGUCUGCMAUGAAGAAGCUAAAACAGGCAUUGAUAGAGUAUCCAGUCCUURAAGUCGCCGAUCCAYCCCURCCUUUUGUCGUCACGRCCGAUGCGAGUCAAUACGGCAUAGGYGCGGUGUUACARCAAGACGAUGGCAAUGGGUAUAGACCCGUAGAGUUCAUGUCUGCUAGGAUGCCUUCAGAGAAGGUCGCGACAUCCACUUAUGAGAGGGAACUCUACGCUCUCAGGCAAGCAUUAGACCACUGGAAGCAUUACUUGCUUGGGAGGCACUUCAAAGUCUAUUCUGACCAUGAAACGUUACGAUGGUUAAAGAUGCAGGCCAAGAUGACACCUAAGCUUACUAGGUGGGCCGCAGAGAUAGAUCAGUACGACUUUGAGCUCAAGCCUGUCAAAGGGAAGUAUAAUGUAGUUGCGGACGCUCUGAGUAGAAGAGCUGAUUACUUCGGGGCAAUAUUGCACUACCUCGAUAUAGGGAAAGAUCUGCAGCAGAAGGUUAGAGAAGCCUACGCGCAGGACCCUAUCUAUAGUGAGCUCCUUAAGAAAGUCAAGGAAGCCCCGGAGAUUGAGCUGAAUUAUCGCACUACUGAAGGGUUGCUCUUCUAGAAGACUAAUGUGUUUGACCGCCUAUGCAUCCCCAAUA